AUGGAUGAGGCAACAAAUCAGAGUGAAUUGAAUGCUGAUCGAUAUUCUAUGAUGGAGGUUCGAGUUGAUGAAGAUUUGGUUGGUGUUGUAGUAAGUAAUGGUGAUGAAGCUUUUGAGUUGUAUAAUGAACAUGCAUAUAGAGUUGGUUUUAGUGUGAGGAAGGGUAAACAACGUUACAAGGCAUCUACCAAGACAAUUCAAAUGAAGAGAUUUUACUGUUCUAAAGCUGGUUUUAAGUGUAAGGCAGAUGGUGGUGUUAAGCUUUAUUCAAAAAUUGAUACAAGGGCAGGGUGUGGUGCAUUUGUUCAGUUUGAUGUGGGUGAUGAUGGAUUGUGGACAGUAGCAAAACAUAUGAAGGUGCACAAUCAUGAGCUAUGUGAUUUAGACAAGAGUCAUCUACUUCGGUCACAUAGGAGAGUGGGAAGUAACCAGCUUUCAUGUUUAAAAGAUUUGAAGCAGAGUGGAGUUGGUGUGGCAGGGGGUAUUAGGUUUUUGAAACAUCAAUCAGGCGGGUCUCCAUUGGUUGGUUUCACUAGUCGUGAUGCUUAUAAUUCGAUGGCUUUUGACACAGUUAAGAGUUUGGAUGGAACUGAUUCCAAUUCUUUAAUUGAAAUAUUUAGGAGGAGGCAAUCCAAUGAGUCUGACUUUUUUUUCGAUUUUGAAGUUGAUUCUAACUCAAGACUGUGGAUGAAUCAUCAUUGUAUGAAUGUAAUGUUUGGUUGUGGGUUUUUGAAGAACGAGAGGAUAGAAUCCUUUGUGUGGUUAUUUAAAGCUUUUUUAAGAUCUAUGGAUGGCAAGUGUCCACAAUCGAUUAUGACGGAUCAAUGUGCAGCCAUGGCUGCUGCUAUUUCUAUAGUUUUUCCAACAUCACGCCAUCCUCUUUGCAUAUGGCAUAUUGGUGAGAAUUCGAAGAAGCAUAUCAAGACGUUAAGGAACAAUAAGGAGUUCAUGGAUAUCUUCAACUGCUUGCUGAAAUACACAGACACUGAAGCUGAAUUUGAAUUUUAUUGGACUAGGAUGGUGACUGAAUUUAAGUGUCACAAGAAUUCAUGGCUAGGGAAGCUUUACGACUGUAGGGAGAAAUGGUGUCCAGCUUUCAAUAAGGAUUAUUUUUCUGGGGGUAUUCUAUCUUCACAAAGGAGUGAAACCACAAACCAUUCAAUUUCUAGAAGGCUAUCUAAGACUGCUGGUUUGUGUGAUUUCUACUCCUCGUUUGUUAGUGUUAUUUCUGAGUGGAGAAGUAAAGAAAAUGGUGAAGAUUUUCGUUGUGCUCAAGGUGUACCUGCCAUGAUGAUUGACAAUGUGAAACUUCUUUCACAUGCUAGAGAGGUAUAUACAAUUGAAAUCUAUUUUCUGUUUGAGGAACAGUUAAUGAAAGGCAGUGCGUGUCACCAAGAGAUCGUGUUGAAUGAUGGGUGUCAAUAUAAGUAUCAUGUGUGGCGACCGGAUGUAGAUAUUAUAAGGCAUGAAGUUAGUUUUAAGCCGAUUAAUCUUGACAUUUCUUGCAGUUGCAAACCGUUUUCCGAAAUGGGAAUUCUGUGUUCUCAUUGUUUACGCAUACUUGAUAUAAACUGUGUUCCUAGUAUUCCAGACAAGUACAUUAUGAAAAGAUGGACUAAAAAGGUUGCAGCUGGUAGGAAUGUGAUCUUUGACUCACUGUCUUAUAAUCUUGGUGUUCCUCCUUCAAUUUGGGUUGUUGAGAUUAGUAGGAAGUUUCAAAAAUUGGUUGUUUCAAGUCAAAACAAUAGUGUAGCUAGACAGUUUUGCGAUGAAGCUGUUGAGAAUGCGAAGAAAUUGAUUGAAGCUGAGAUGGGGAAAGUGAAUAUUGAAGGGUGUGGUGUUUCAUCUUCAAAUGUUAUUGUUCAAGAUCCUUCAAGCCGGAGAUUGAAAGGUGUGCGUAAUAAAAGGAGGAGUAGUAUUAUUGCAAAGAAGUACACUAUAGCAAGGGGAAGAAGGAGUGCUGCAAAUAAGGUUGCUUCAAAUAUAAAGGGUGCCGUUCAAUCACUGGUUUUGGAAAAUAUAUCUGAGAUUGCUGGUGAUGGAUAUCUUGUACACCCAACUUCUAGUAGUUCACAGUUUGUUCGGUUUAAUAAGAGUUUAGAUGAGAAUGUAGUUGUAGACUGA